AAGGACGCAGCUGCAGAUCGGUAGCUGGAGGCCACACGGUAAAAUAAGCGCCUCGCAGACGUCUGCGCCCGAGUUAAGUUAGACCCAGGAGGCAGAGUCCACGCCCUGCGCGGGUGGGCCCCGGCACGCCCGAUUGGGAACCUCGCUGUCAGUUACCCUAGUUUUUGCAGAUCGUUCAGUGUUCAGGAAAUGAGUCCCUGGAUGCCAGCUCUUUCGCGUCCUGGUGUCUGAAUGCAGUUGGACCCGGAGCCCAGAGUCUCCCCAGCCUGAAGAACCCGCUUUCCGCUCUCACCAUGAGCUUGCGGAACCUGCCAGGAUAAACUUUCACUGAUGGCUCAGUUGGGAGCAGUUGUGGCUGUGGCUGCCAGUUUCUUUUGUGCAUCUCUCUUCUCAGCCGUGCACAAGAUAGAAGAGGGGCAUAUUGGGGUGUAUUACAGAGGUGGUGCCCUGCUGACGUCCACCAGUGGCCCUGGCUUCCAUCUCAUGCUCCCUUUCAUCACAUCAUAUAAGUCUGUGCAGACCACACUCCAGACAGAUGAGGUGAAGAAUGUACCUUGUGGGACAAGCGGUGGCGUGAUGAUCUACUUCGACAGGAUCGAGGUGGUGAACUUCCUGGUCCCACAUGCAGUGUAUGAUAUCGUGAAGAACUACACAGCCGACUACGACAAGGCGCUCAUCUUCAACAAGAUCCACCAUGAGCUGAACCAGUUCUGCAGUGUCCACACGCUUCAGGAGGUCUACAUUGAGCUCUUUGAUCAGAUUGAUGAAAAUCUCAAACUGGCUUUACAGCAGGAUCUGACCUCCAUGGCCCCUGGGCUUGUCAUCCAAGCCGUGCGUGUGACAAAGCCCAACAUACCCGAGGCCAUCCGCAGGAACUAUGAGCUGAUGGAAAGUGAGAAGACAAAGCUUCUCAUUGCAGCCCAGAAGCAGAAGGUGGUGGAGAAGGAGGCCGAGACAGAGCGGAAGAAGGCCCUCAUUGAGGCAGAGAAAGUGGCUCAGGUUGCAGAAAUCACCUACGGGCAGAAGGUGAUGGAGAAGGAGACGGAGAAGAAGAUUUCAGAAAUCGAAGAUGCGGCGUUUCUGGCCCGAGAGAAGGCCAAGGCCGACGCCGAGUGCUACACCGCCAUGAAAAUCGCCGAAGCGAAUAAGCUGAAGCUGACCCCUGAGUAUCUGCAGCUGAUGAAGUACAAGGCCAUUGCUUCCAACAGCAAGAUUUACUUUGGUAAAGACAUCCCUAACAUGUUCAUGGACUCUGCGGGCAGCCUGGGGAAGCAGUUUGAGGGGUUCACUGACAAGCUGAGCUUUGGCUUAGAAGAUGAGCCCCUGGAAGCAGGCACCGAGGAGAACUGAAUGUUUUUGUCCACAACCUCAGGUGACACUCAAAGAGAUCUUGAUUUUGUAAAGGACGAACUGGGUUGCCCUCCCCUUCCACACUACCUUUGUUGACUCUCUUCCACGUGAAAAAAGAAGAAAUGGACUUAAAUCUAUUCCCCUUCCCGGGAAGGGAGGGCAGGGAUUGAUGAAUUGGGGUUUUAUUCAGGUAAGGAGGUUACACAACUUCUGUUAAGAUUUGUAAACCAUGUGGUUAGACCUUUGACCUCCAGGCACUGAUUUUCACCCCCUUUUGAAGCUGGCUGAAUUAGGGAUGCUCUCCGUGAGGCGUGGGAGAAAUACAGGGUGUGAUGCCUC